ACUUGACAACUGAUACCCGAUGCGCUGUCUGGAUUAACCGCGCAGGAGAAGCGAUCACGCCGGAUGGAUCAUUGGCUGGACCGCUGCUAUUAAACCGUCUGUGGCCGGGGAGAAAAAACAACUUUUACUCGAACCUUCCCCGGUACGGAGCUUGUUUUGUAAUUAUCUCCAUUUGAAGAGGCUCGGAGAUAGGAUAGGAAGACUGGAAAGUGAAUUAAAAUGUUUCGUUGACAAGACUGGGAAUUUCGGACCACACAAUGUGUUUUAUUUGUUUAAUUAAACUAUUUUAGCCGGUCUGGGGAACGCAUUUAUUGUUCAAGUAUACGUUGGUUUUGUGAAGGAAUUCUUGGUGUGACUCCUGCGCGACGACGGCGGCUGGUGGGGAAAGGAGGGAACAGUGGCGGGACGCAGCGGAAGUAGGGAAGAGCACAUUUAAGUGUGACGGCUUCCUAUCGCUUUCUCUUCGGCGGGGAUUCUUCCCUAAGCCGGCGGAUGGAGGGAUGAGACGCGGCGAUACAGACGGCAAGAGAGAAGAGGGCGAGGAGGAGGAUUGAGAACGCAGAACGGACGCACCCCUCUGGAAGAGUAAACCUUUACGGAAUUAACGUCAAUCCGAAGGGAUAUUGCGCAUAUUACCCACGCACACAUGUAUUAAUGGCCAAAUUGGAACCUAUUUGGAGUUACAAGCGUCAAGGAUGGGAUUUGGGAUUUGGAGAGAUAAUUUCACCCUGACACGGUGAUCGAAGAACGGCAACAUCACAAGACACGCAGCAAAGAGGUUGGCGAAUGUAUUAAAGGAGGAUAUGAUGGGACAAACAAAAUGGACAGAAUGGAUGUAAAGACAGAUCGGGGAAUGAGGAUGGAAAUAAUGACAGAUGCGGAUGUGAAAGAUUCAUCAGUCUUUUCCCGGAUUUUGCUCUCCAUGAAGAGAAAUCCUUACCAGUACCGCUGCUGUUACAGUAAUCGGUCCGUUUGACUCCAACCUUGGCUGAUGACAGCAGCGUGUGAAAAAAACUGAAGAGCUGCACCAGCACCCUCAUCAAUACCAAUCUACGGUAACAUGUGAAGCCUCAAGUAGACUGACGUCUGCUUUCACAUUUCUCAAGGUGUCCGGUUCGGGUGGGGUGGUGACCAUGGAGAGGCUGUUGCUGUGUGUGAUGUUGGCAGCUGCCAUGGCAGUACGGGCGCAAAUCUGCCCGAAGCGCUGUGUUUGUCAGAUCCUGUCACCCAACCUGGCAACACUUUGUGCCAAGAAAGGUCUACUUUUUGUACCGCCAAACGUCGACAAGCAUACCGUGGAACUAAGGCUGGCUGACAACUUUGUCACCAGUGUGAAGAGGAAAGACUUUGCAAAUAUGACACGGCUGGUGGACUUAACGCUAUCCAGAAAUACUAUCUCCUACAUCACACCUCAUGCCUUUGCAGAUCUGGAGAACCUCCGAGCCCUGCAUCUCAACAGUAAUCGUCUGACGAGGAUAGGCAAUGACACCUUCAGUGGGAUGUCAAAGCUUCACCACUUGAUUUUGAACAACAACCAGCUGGUGCUGAUCCACCAGGGAGCUUUCAAUGACCUGCUGGCACUUGAAGAAUUGGAUCUCAGUUAUAACAACCUGGACUCUAUUCCGUGGGAGGCCAUCCAGAGAAUGAUAAGCCUCCAUACCAUGAGUUUGGACCACAACAUGUUGGACUAUAUUCCAGAGGGGACAUUUUCUUUGCUACAGAAACUCAACCGCCUCGAUGUCACAUCAAAUAAACUUCAAAAGCUCCCACCGGACCCUCUUUUUCAGCGUGCACAGGUUCUGGCCACAUCUGGGAUCAUGUCCUCCUCAACCUUUGCAUUGUCAUUUGGGGGAAACCCUCUGCAUUGCAACUGUGAGCUACUUUGGCUGCGAAGGCUUAACCGCGAGGACGACUUGGAGACGUGUGCUUCACCCCAGCACCUCUCUGGACGAUACUUUUGGUCCAUUCCCGAGGAGGAGUUCCUGUGUGAACCCCCGCUUAUCACCCGAUACUCACAUGAGAUGAGGGUCCUCGAAGGACAGAGGAUUUCACUAAGGUGUAAGGCACGAGGUGACCCAGAGCCGGCCAUCCACUGGAUAUCCCCUGAUGGCAAACUGGUCUCCAACUCCUCCAGGACUCUGGUCUACACCAAUGGAAGUUUAGACAUCCUCAUUAGUACUGUGAAAGACACAGGCUCCUUCACCUGCAUCUCCUCCAACCCGGCUGGCGAAGCCCACCAAACCGUAGACUUGGUUAUCAUAAAACUCCCGCACAUCUCCAACAACACGAACAACAUCCAGGAGCCCGACCCUGGAUCAUCGGACAUUUCCACAUCCACCCGAAGCGGAUCCAACGGAAGCAAUGUAACCGGCGACGUGAAGGGUGCGGUCGAAAAGAGGGUGGUGACCGUGGAGGCCACCUCGUCAACGGCGUUGAUCAAAUUUAACUUCCAGAGGAAUAUUCCAGGCAUUCGGAUGUUCCAGAUACAGUACAACGGGAGCCAAGAUGACUCACUAGUGUACCGAAUGAUCCCUCCAUCCAGCCAGAGCUUCCUGGUCAACAACCUAGCAGCGGGAAGCCAGUACAACCUAUGCGUGCUCGCCAUCUACGACGACAUCAUCACCUCCCUGACUGCAACCCGCGUGGUCGGCUGCGUGCAGUUCACCACAGAGUCGGAGUAUAUGAGGUGCCAUUUCAUGCAGUCCCAGUUCCUCGGCGGGACUAUGAUCAUCAUCAUUGGAGGGAUUAUAGUCGCUUCUGUGCUCGUGUUCAUAAUCAUCUUGAUGAUACGGUAUAAGGUGUGUAACCCAGGAGAGGGUGUUAAAGGCAUGUCAAUGUCGAUGACCACCGUUCACUCUCAGACCAACCGGCAGCAGAGAUGCAGUAUGACUCCCAGCACCUCCAAGCAAGGCUCAAUCGGAUUGGACGACUUCUCGGGAGGCUCAAAGAAGAGGAGCGGAGGGACGGGCGGAAAAGAUGUGACGACGCUUUCGUCCAAUUCCCCUCUGCCAGACGGUUCCACCGCCAUGUCUGUUCUCAGCCAGCAAUGGACACCGGCUGAGGAGCCUGGUGCGAAGAGUGCUCACUCCGGCGUCUCCUCGCCCACCGCCACCAGCUCGCUGAGGAGACCCAAGCGGAAGCCGGCCCCGGGUAAACCAGGCUCAACUUGUUCAAACACGUCAGCCGGCGCGGAAAACCUCCCCUGUUUGUCCCCUCGCUCCUCCUCCACUACUUCGUCCGUACUUCCUGCGCCUUCCACCCCUCUUGAUACCCUCAACACCAACCGCAACAACUCCACCUCGUUUAACCAAGCUCUGCCUCCUCCCGCCGCCAGUCCCAACGUCCGCUACCGAGAAACCCCCAUACUGCGCCGAGCUCCGCGCGCCCACACCUCCUCCGCUGCUAAGUAUCAGACUCUCCCAGUGGAGGAGGGCGGGCGGAGCAGGGCGAGGAGGAGGUACUCUCUCAGCGAGGGAGGCUCCAAGACACUCUCGUCCCAUAGAGGGAUUGCAGGAGCACCAAGGUUAGGACGCAUAGUGCGGGACAAAAGGAGUCAAUCCAUGAGUGGGAUGCUCCUCUCCAAAGAAGGGGAUGGAGACUCCAGUAGAGGGCGCUGUGAUUCGGACUGGAUCUUGGAAAGCACAGUUUGAACUGAAACCAGAGAAAAAUCACACACUCUUAUAUAUUUUCAUUUGUUAUUUUGGGAGUUUUGACUUGACACCAGUGUGCGUGUGUGUGUGUUGUUUCUAUUUAGUGUGAGCAUAUUUGUGUCCAUGUUGUUUUGCUAAGGAUGCGCGGCUGAGUGAGCAGGUGUCCAUGUUUUUUUUCUCAACGUCAUCACGUUUCACCGCGAUUCUCCGGUUUCUACUCUGACAGUCUGGAGCAAGUGGGUUAUCUUGCCUCGUCUCGUCCUCAACUCGUCUCGUCGGUUCCACUUUAUAGCACAAGAAGAAAAGAAGACAAUGGGCUCGUCACGUCAUUUCCCCGGUACUUACUCACUCGGUCUGCAAAUAACACAAAAAGGGAAUUCUUGCUGGGGAAACAAACAAAAAGUCCCGUCCAAGAACUACGCCGCACGCCAUCGGACAGUCACACCCUGACAGGAAGUGUGUCGACAGACAGCAGCAGGUGCCUUCUUUUGCACAAAGACACUCUCUAAUUGGAAGUGGAUCUCCAACAUGCUCCACUGAGCAAAGAGCGGACAUUCAGAGGAAGACAAAGUUUUCACACAUAGCCUUUCUUCCCUACAUGAGGGAUAACGGUGACAAAGACACAUGACCAGGUGGCGACUUUAUGGACCUCAUAUGAAAGGGAUAUUUUUUAAAAGGGAAGAAUAUAAAGAAGAAAAAAAAAAAAAAGCUUUUCACUGACAUUGGUAUACUACUGGUUGGUCACAAAGCUCAUGUACAGAAAAAGACAACAUGUACUGUGUUGUUAUGUUGUGUCAAAUAAAACAGGUUCAAUUUCAAAAAGUAAUUGGAGUCAUUACAGAUCACGGCAUUUUUGUUUUUUGUUUUUUGUUUUUCAAUCCAUAAGCAAGUUAUGAAAUCUUUCAAGGUCAGAAUUACUCAUCUUUUUAUGCUUGCUGCCAAUGUAUUGUGAGUAGUAAGUAGCUAUCUGACCUUUUCAUCCCCUCCUGGAAGAAUCAUUAUUGAGCCUCGAACAACAAAAACACAACGCAGACUUUGGUUUCAGGUGCGCCAUUGAACAUUGUUAGAACUGAAUGAAAGUUCCGCGUGGACACAAAGGCCGAAACGCGUAAAAAAGUAACCGUUUUUUGAAAUAUCUAUUUUUGUGUGAACUCGCGGGCAUUCCAGACUGAUGGGAAUUAGAAAAUAGCCAAAUAAACAUGGUUGCCAUCAUCGAUUCCAGGUACUUUAUAGACAAGUAAUCUGAAAA